GACAGGUUGUUGUGUGUAGCGGCGGCAGGCUGAGGCAGCAGGCGGGCAGCAGCAGGCCAGGCAGGCGGCGUGAGGCGUGUGUCUGCUCAGCCCGCUGGCUGCUUAUUAACACCACCAGCACUUUCAACACCUUGCCCCAUGCCGUCCAGCAGUGACACGGACAAGAUGGAAGGAGUGGAAGCAGUGGAUUCAGUGUCACAGGGAACAGAAGCGGCAGAGGCAGGAACAGAGGUAGUAACACAGGAUGAUGUGGUAGGAGGUACUGCAGCCUGUGUGAAGACAGAAGGCAAGGCUACUGCACCCAGUGUGAAGGCAGAAGGCAAGGCUUGUGAACCCAGUGUGAAGGCAGAAGGUGAGGCUAGUGAACCCAGUGAGAAGGCAGAAGGUGAAGAUGAGGCGUCCUCAGAGAACACAGACAACCCAGGUUCCUCAACACAGACGCUCAAGAAGGAGGUGGAUGAAGAGAAAGGUGAUGGUGAAGGAAAAGGAGAAGAAGUGGAGGGAACAACCAAGAAAGAUGCAAAGCCAGAACCCAGGAAAUCUGUUGAGAAGAACGUGGGCAUCACAGAGUAUGCUGGUGAUCAUGCCGGCUUCUUUGGCAUCAUCAAGCAGAGGUAUUGUGACUUCAUUGUAAAUGAAGUGAACAGUGGUGGUGAGAUUGUCUGCAUCACCGAGCAGAUGGUUCCUCACGAGCCAGAGGAAAUUCCAUGUGAGCCUGUUGAUCUUCCUCCAGAGCUUACCCCAGAAAAGAUUAAAGAGCUGAACAAACUGGCGGGUGUGAGGGAGCCACUCAGGCUGUCCAGAGUGCCCCCACCAUCCCUGGGAUCUGAGGCAGUGGGGGGAGCUGAUGAAGAGGCAGGGAAGGCAGAUGAAAGCCUAGACACAGACACAGAGAAAGUAUUGGAGGACCAAGACACAUCCAUGAAAGACGAGAGUGAGAAGGAAAAGGAAUACACAUCCAUGGAGGAGGAAGGAGAGAAAGAAUAUGAGGAGAAAGAGAAAAUGGAGGAACAUGAGGAUGAUGAUGACGAAGAGGAUCAUGAGAAUGAGGAGGAGGAGGAGGAGCACAUGCAGGAUGAAGAUGAAGAGGCAGGCAUGAAGGAAAAGAGUGAGGAGUCUGAAGCACAAGCCAAGGACAGUGACCAGAAGGAGAGGACGGAGAGAGAAAAUGGAGAAAGCGUCAAACCCAAGACUUCCCCCAAACCUCGUGCUCACGAGGUGCUGAUCAAUGUGGACAAGAUAGACAAAGAAGGCCGCACUGCUAUCCACCGAGCAGUGAAGGCCAAGUACCGCACGGUGGACAGUGUGUACCGGGAGCUGCCGGACGGGAGCCGCUACAUCGUGGUGCGCAGAAAGAAAGGUGAGUCAGCAAGUGCAAUACGGCGAGACAAGAGUCUGUGGCCCAAGGCUCAGAUGUACACCACCUUUGUACUCUACAAGGAGAAUGUGGACACCAUGGAGGCCAUCAACCACAUUGCCUGGAAGAUCAGAGUGAAGCCCAAUAACUUUGGCUACGCAGGGACCAAGGACAAGCGAGCGAAGACAAGCCAGCUGGUGUCUGUGAGCCGAGUUCCACCACACAAGCUGUGGAAUGCCACCAGAUUCCACAGAGGCAUCGAGCUAGGGAACUUCCGCUUCCGACCAACCCCUCAGAAGCUCGGCCAGCUGCGGGGCAACCACUUCAGAAUUGUGCUCAGAGAGGUGAAGGGGGCUGAUGAAUUGAUCACCUCAGCCAUUGAGUCCCUGAAGGUGCGUGGCUUUAUCAACUACUAUGGCCCACAGAGGUUUGGCACCACCAGCAUCCCCACACACACAAUCGGCAAGGAGCUUCUCAAGAGCAACUGGCAGCAGGCCAUCAAUCUCAUUCUCUUACCCCGGGAGAAUGACAUCCCCGAGCUGAACCGCUGCCGCAAGAAGUGGAAGAAGACAGGAGAUGCAGAUGCUGCCCUGCGUUCUCUGCCGAAGGGUUGGGAGUCUUCUGUGGAAGCUCAGUUGCUCAAGGGUCUGGUGCAGCUCAAUAGCAAUGACCUCGUGGGGGCUCUUGGCCGGAUCCCACGAAACACCCGACUGCUGUACCUCCACGCCUACCAGAGCUUCCUUUGGAACACUGUGGCCUCGCGUCGUAUACAGAAGUAUGGGCUGAAGGUGCUGCCGGGGGACAUUGUGCGUGUGAAGGACCACACGGCGGUGGAGGAAGAACUCCCAGUGACGACACCAUUUGACUCGCAGGGCAGCGGGGGCGAGGGGGAGAAGGUAGGCACUCACUGGUGGAAUGAGGAGGUGACCAGAGCUGUGCAGGAGAAGAAGGAGGCAUAUGCACUGAAGAUGCAGACAGAGGGGGUGAGUGAGGAGGAACAGAAAGAACGGCGGAGAAGGUACCAGGAGGCCAAGCAAAGGGCCAAGAAGGUAGUGAGAGAGAGCAAGCGUAAGUCAGAGGAGGAGCUCAGAAAGUAUUGGGCCAAGCUCGAGACUCUCCCCCCACAGGCAUUGGAGGACGAGAGCAACGACGGCAAUGAGUCUGAUGCGGAGAAUGGCACCAAGGAAGACAAGGUGGCCGUGGAAGGGGAGGCGUCCACCAAGCCUCCGAACCUCCACUUUCUGACAGAAGAGGAAGCGGAAAAGACAGAUAUUUGUGAGGUCUUGCUGCCACUGCCCGGGUACAAUGUAGAGUACCCAAAAAACGAAAUGAAGGAAUGGUAUGAAGAGUUACUGCAAGCUGAUGGACUCUCAUUUGAUUCCUUAAAACAUCGAGUCAAAGCAUAUGCCGUGGGUGGGGUGUACCGGCGGCUCCUGGUGCGUCCCAGCAAUGUGGCUGGCACCAUCUGUUACUACCGGGAUCCCACCAAGCCACUCAUCCAGUCUGACAUCGACAAGCUGCGGGGCAUUGACGUGAAGGACAAUGUUUUAACAGAGGGACCCAACAAGGGAGUCAUUGUGGAGAUGACACUGCCUUCCUCCUCCUAUGCUACCGUGGCCCUCAGAGAGUUGCUCAAGAUGGAGACGUCCUCACAGUUCCAAGCAACCCUGAACACUGUAGAAUACACUCCACGGAACAGGGACUUCAGCAGCCGGCGGGGGCGUGGUGGAGGCAGGGAGGAUGUCGGAGUGUGGAGAGUCCAGGGCCAGGGCUAUCGAGGCUCCUGGAGGGGCCAUGGCGAUGGGGGACCAUGGCACCAGGGGCGGGGCAGGGGUGGUGACAGGGGAGGGUACAGAGGGGGGUUCAGGGGAGGACGUGACUAUGGCUGGGGUGGAGGAAGAGGUGGGUGGAGAGGAAGAGGAGAGAAGAGGCCGAGGAGAGGUGGGGACAUGUGGAAUCCGAAGAGGGGGCGGUUCUGAUCAGCCGCCUCGUGUGGCUUCGCUGGCUGCCUGUGGCUACGUCUCACUCGGCUCUGGAACCUUGGAGGGGCUACGUAUUGAAGUUUUUCUAAUUCCACAUUUUAUUCUGGAUACAUGCAGUUGAAUUAUGUUUGUAGCGUUGACAUAUUCCUUCCGUAAAAUAGAGCUAAGUUUCUCAACAGACUCAUGUGCUGGCUGGAGUAACACACACACACACACACACACACACACACACACACACACACACACACACACACACACACACACACACACACACACACACACACACAG